UUGGAAGAGAGGUGAUGUGGGCACAAGGUGAAGGUUCAGAGAUAAGCCCCUUGCGUCACGUCUUACAUCCUUGCCUCUGCUCACCUGUGCACGAUGGCUUAAUUCGUGGCCAUAGCAACAGUGACCGGCUGCGUGAUAUCACAUCCACUGUGUAAUUCAUGGUUUAAGUAGAGCGAGCGACCGUGUGAAAAAGGUGAGCAACAUGCUGGCAGCGCGACGACUGACCUGGGCCAGGGUGAGGUCCGCCGCGGCAGUGAUGAGACCCCGUGGGCAUUCCCUCCCGCAGACACCACGGUACACACGACAUCUUCUCAACAAUGCUGCCUGCGCCCUACACACGAGGAACAGGACGGCCUGGCAGAAGGCGGAGACAACAGAUGACUUCACGGUUUCACAGACCAAGCCUGGGACAAUCAUCGCCGCUGUUAAUCUCCUCCAUGACCAGAAAAUGCUUCAGGUACAUUGGGAGGAUGGCAGUGUGGACUCGUACCCUUAUAUCUGGCUGCGUGACAACUGCCAGUGUCCGAAUUGCUACCAUCCCGUCUCCCUGGCACGCCGCGUGAUGCUCAAAGAUCUUGACCUUUCUGUCGCUUGUGUAGACGUCAAGAUGAGUAACGGUGGAGAGGGAAUCGAAAUGCUGUGGACAGACGGUCACCAGGGAACAUACGACGCACACUGGCUUCACGAAAGGGCUUUCAGAGGACCGAAGCCUGAGCCUCGUGAACGCGAAUACAGACUGAAGCAGCAGCUCUGGGGGCGUGAGCUGCAGGAUAAGUUGCCCAGCGUCUCCUUCCCGGAAUUUCUACGCGACGACCAUACUCUCCUCACCUUCCUGGAGAGUCUUGAGGUGACGGGCGUAGUGCUGGUGUCAGAUGUGCCUUGUGAGAUAGACCAGAUCUACACCUUCGCCAAGCGCAUCGGACGCUUGAAACCAACUCACUACGGGGAAACGUUUAAUGUGCACAGUAGGGUGGACCCCAACAACCUGGCGUACACUGGCGACAGCCUCGACAUGCACACUGACCUGCCCUGCUUGGCUGCCAAACCCGAUAUUCAGAUACUACACGUCAUCAAACAGUUCACUGGUGAGGGCGGCGACACCAUGAUAUCAGACGGAUUUACCGUCGCUUCAAAACUUAAGAAGAACAAUCCGGAGUAUUUUGACACGCUUGCAAACACCCUGGUUGAAUUUGUAGACGUGGGGAUCGAUGAUGGUGUCAAGUUUCACGUUUCUUGGAGAGCACCGAUCAUCGAUGUGAAGGUCGACGGCUCCAUCCGAACCGUGAACUGGCACCAGAUGUCACGUAACUCGCGCUUCCAAGUUUCUUCCUCUGAAGCAGCGGCGAAGUGGUACGCAGCGGGCCUGGCCUUCCGAGACCUGAUGUACGACACCGAUAACCUUGUGAAACUGAAGCUUCAGUCCGGCGACAUGAUAGUGUUUGAUAACCUGCGCGUGAUGCAUGGACGGCAAGGAUACCGCGCCGAGGAAGGAGAGCGCUGGCUUCAGGGGGGCUACUUGGAGUGGGACUCUGUCAGGUCGCUCCGCCGAGUGCUUCGCAAGGAAAUGGCUGCUUGAGCUGUCCUCGCCUAAUCCUAACGCAAGCCAGGUGUCGCUCCGUCCUAAAGGGAAAUAUUAACCAGAUGAUGAAUGAUGAUUAUACAUAUAACAACAUGGUUCCUUUCUCUGUUUGCAUAGAUAUUUCGGUUUGCGUGAAUGAUGAUGAUGAUGAUGACUGGCAAAAAAAAAUAUGAAAAGAAAUGUACAAACGUUUCAGUUUUGUCGGACUUAAUUGUAUUGGUUCGUGAUAUUACUUUACAUUGGGAAAAUACUUUUACUUGCUCCUUUCUAAAUGAAACAUUUUUUUUGCUUGUCAGAGGUUAUUCGUAUAAAUUCGUAUGUGAACAUUCGUAUUUGUACUCAAUUUUUCAAUGCCAUGCAUUGGAGAUUUUCUUAUUCACCACUAUUUCAAAACUCGUGGUGAAGAUGUGUUUAUUUCUGCUAAAUAUCUUCAUGUCUGGAUGCGUUCACUACGAUUUCAGUACGUGUGGUAUGCAUGUGUUUAUACUUAGUGUUUCAACAGUUGUGGUCGCGAGUGGUGACCAAUGUUUCAGCACCUGUUAUCAUGAUGUGCUCUUCUGGUUUAUAUGAUUUUGAGUUUCAUAAUUCUUUUGGGAGACAAACCAUUAUACAUAGUGUCCGGUGCUUUGAUGCAGCGACAGCAAUGCAGCAAUCUUGCUUUAUAAAUGUAGGUAAAUGAAUGAGUUAAUAUGUCAAGAUAUAAUAAUUUACUAAGCUAGUUUCAAACACUUUUGUUUUUGUCAUAUACCUGCUUAUCCAAUACGGUGUCCAAGGCAUGCUGACUGAGGCAGAAUAAAAAUGAAUGAAAUACA